UAUAUCUGCAUUUUUCUGAGAUGGCAUCAAGAGGCUGCAAGCAUCCGGCAGACGCAUUUUGCUUUGUCUGCGGCCAAUCUAUCAAAACAAGAGCGAAAAAGUACUCUGUGGAAGCAUCUGCCAAGAUGUGUGAGGCCUACAAGGCGUAUCUCGGCAUGCCUGUCGGGGAUCAAGACAAACCCUGGGCACCUCAUUUCACCUGCGAGCAAUACAAACAAACUCUGGAAGGAUGGUACAGAGGGGAAAAGAGCCAUGAAGUUCGCUAUCCCAAGAAUUUAGCGGAACCCACUGACCACUCAAGCAACUGCUACUUCUGCAUGGUGGACCCUUUCAAACGUCAGACUGGCAAGAAUGCACCUGCUAUCACGUGUCCAGACCUUCCUUCAUCCAUCGCCCUGGUGCCACACUGCCAUGAGCUCCCCAUACCCACUCCUCCGGAGAGAGAGCAGCCGUCUUUAGAAGAGAGCAGCAAGUCAGAGAGCGAGGAAGACGUUGAAGAUCCAGAUGACAAUUUUAGAGGUGGAGCUGAGGAGAGAAAACCAUACUACCCCAACCAAAAAGACCUCAACGACUUGAUCAGAGAUCUUGGUCUCACCAAGUCCAAUGCCGAGCUUUUGACGUCAAGCAGUUCCGUUCGAGGCAAUCAGAAUCGCCUGUAA